UUCAAACCAAUGGGUCUAUCAAUCACCACUUCAGAUUUUAGAGAAACCGAAUCUCACUCUGAUCAUCAUAGAACUCACAAAAUAUUCCUCUUUACAAAUUAUAUUCUCUUAGGAGCAGCGUCUAGUUGCGUCUUCCUUACUCUCUCCCUCCGGUUAAUCCCGUCCCUCUAUGGCGGCCUUUUCAUUCUCCUCCAUGCGCUGACAAUCGCCAGUGCAGCGAUUGUUGCCUUAGCGAGUUCUAACAAGUGGUACGGUGUCCACAUGGUUGCUACAGUUUUAACGGCUAUAUUUCAAGGCUCUGUUUCGGUCCUUAUAUUUACAAGGACUUUGGAUUUAUUAGAAAAUUUUAAUUCUUAUGUUAGAGAAGAAAAUGGUGCUGUGAUAUUGAAAUUGGCUGGUGGAUUAUGCAUUUUGAUAUUUUGCUUGGAAUGGGUUGUUCAGUGCCAUUUGUCUUAAGGUACAAUGCUUUUGUGGUACUUGAAACAUUGGCCUUGUCCAUACCAAGUCUAAAUUCAACUUAUUGUACACACGUAUUGAAUUUAUUUUGUUCUUUACUUAUGUUUACUCGAGUGCAAAUUUGGAGUUGAGCCGAUGGA